AUGAGCUUCCCGGGGAGGCUUUCCUGGGUCGUGCUCAGGAAGCAAGUCCCGAUCUUCUACGCCGAGGAGAAAGAUCAGGAAGACGAGAUCAUGGCCAAGGCGAGCAAAGAUUGGGGUGACAUCGAGGACGGGUCCUGGAUGCUCGACCAGUUCUCCCUCGACCUCCACCUCGUUCAGCCCCCGGAGCUCUCCACCUUGUCCCUGCGCGCCAAGGCCGAGUCGCGCGAGUACGGCGGCAUCACGUGCCUCCUCGAGUCCGUCGUGGAGAACUUCCUCGUCAUGGCUCUGCUGGUCGGCAACAGCUUGUACUGGCUCGUCUAUGACGCCGCCAAGAACUCGGUCUCGCUGCUCCCCGCCCCCAUGGAUUCCGUCCUCGCGUCGGCGGAUGAUGACUCCCUCCUAUGCCUCAGGCAACCUGCCGUCCUGCCACGCGACGACGGCUCCUGCGAUCUGCUCGAUGUGGGGCUCUGCUUUGAUGGACCCGGCGAAGUGUUGCCGCGGUCGUGCAUUCUCUUCCGGUGGUCGAACCGUGGCCCUGGCAAGACGUGGACGAAGCAGGAGGCCCGCGUUAUCCCGCAUGCCCCGCUGACACUGACGGCCCAAUGCCCUGUUUCGCAUAUUUACCAAGCAGACGUGGUCUUCACUUUCAACGGGAAGGUUUUCUGGGUCGACCUCGAGAUUGGCGCCAUUGUCUAUGACUUGCUCUCCACCGGUACCACCACCCAAGACGGCGAACUGGACUUCAUCCAGCUUCCCCACGAGUGCCAAGGCAGUGACUUCUCCCGCAGUUACCCCAGGGAGCGCCGGACCAUGGGCCCAGUUGGGAACUCCAUAAAGCUCAUCUCCAUCGUCACCACCAACGGCGACAACCCCGGCAACAACACGGACCCUGCCGACGUCGUGCUGCGGAGCUGGACUUUGUCGCCGGACCUCCGCUCAUGGACUAGAGACGACGACAUGGAGCUUCCCUUGCCGCUACUCUGGGCGUCAGAGGCCUACAAGCGCGAGAGGCUGCCACAGGCCAUGCCAAAGAACCCAGUCCUCAAGACCGAUGAGGACGGCGUCCUCUACCUCUUGCUGGGAGAUUACUACGUCGAUUUGGAUACAAUGGUCCGGCUAUGCAGGGAGAUUGAGUGCGUGAUCAGCAUCAACAUGCACACCAAGUCUCUCCUAUCCCGCAGCCAUCGUCCAAUCAAAGAUGGCUUGCCACCCAUGUGGCAACACAAAGACCAGCCUUCCAAAGGAUUCCGUCCUAACAUGCCUUCCCUGUUUGCCGCCAAGUUCUGCCCGAGCCACACUGGAUGGUCUGAAUCUGAUGUUCUUCUGCCCAAGAAAAAAAGGAACCAUCUAAUAGAUGGUAAUUUGAAUCUGAAUCUACUAUUGCCACUCCUCCUCCUACUCCUACUUGGUGUUAUUUGUGCACAUUCUGCUAGAUUGAUGACUACCGUUGGUUGA